CUCAGGCACUCCUCAACCUCUCCCAGACAUCCAAGAAUCAUACAGAAGAACCUUCGCUCUCAUCACCAUGAAGGGAACCUGGGCUGUUGUCCUUUGUUCAGUGCUCCUGCUCGCGGCUGAAAUUCAAGGGCAGCUGACCUAUGGACAUGGACAUUGCACCUGCAAAGAGAAAGGUUCUGAUUUCAUUCAGCGAAAAGCCUUAGGAAAAAUAGAAGUGAUUCCCAAGAGCUCUUCCUGUGACCAUGUUGAGAUCAUUGCUACAAUGAAGCCCACUGGAGAGCAAAGAUGCUUGAACCCUAAUUCCAAAUGGGUACAGAAGAUAAUAACAACCCUCACCAAGAAAAAGUCUUCACAAAGCACUCACUGGGAAAGGAGAAGAGCUAAAGAUCACUUCAACAGACACGUGAGAUUUUCGGAUUUCAGCGCUUCAGGCUCCCUCUCCAGUGAGCAAUGAACUUGAGUCUGCUUCCUCCACCUGGCUCUUCGACUUUUAAAAUACAAAUGCUGCAGUGAGGCAAGUUGUUCCCAACAUACAGUCGUUGCAUCCAUUAAGGUAACAUCUGGGCAGUGACAUCAUCUCAACACUGUGAUGAAACAUCAGCAUGUCACGGCAGGACGUGCAGUGAGGCAUAUGUAACCUCAGUAAUCCUACUGGCAAACCAAUGACAGUAAAUGCCCAGUUUGUCUGUGGGGUCUCCUGGUGGCUAUAAGUGGUAAUAGAUUGCUUCUGCUUAUCUAAUUAGCAAAGGUUUCUUUGAGCCACAUGAUUGGGUUAUUAUAUUAUUAUAAUCAUAACUCGGAGAUACAAAUAUUCUCAGAUAACACAUACUAAGAAUUCUAGUUUAUUUUUUCUAGCAGAUUUGAAAUUAACGUAAUUCUUAGAUACAUGUUCCAUGUUCAUUUAUAUAAUAUAACACAUGCUUGUUGUUCUAGGAUAUGUGUAACAUUUGUCUGUAGACUUUAUAAAUAAAAUUGAAGAAGGCUUAUAAUCUAAAGCCUAUCACACUGUGUUAUUAACUGAUGUAUAAACGUUUAUUACAUAGAUUAAAUGGAUCUGAUCUUGAUGAAAUAUAAUAUAACAAAUGAAUGUAAUAUAGUAUUCACAAACAUUCCUUGUGCUAGACUUCUCCUUUUAAAGAUAAACCAAUUAAAAUGAAUAAAUGACACUGAAAGUUG